AUGAGUCCGAUUGGUUUGAAAGUGAUAAUAUUUAUGGUGUGUUUGGUGGCAUUCCAGAUUGUUGGUGGUGAGAAGGAGAUAAGAUGCUUAGAAAGGGAGAGGGAAGCACUCCUCCGAUUCAAAGCUUCCAUUGUUGAUCACCAUGGCAUGCUGUCUUCUUGGACCACUCCUGAUUGCUGCCAAUGGAAAGGGAUUUGCUGCAGCAACCUCACUGCUAAUAUCGUAAGCCUCGACCUUCAUGGUGAGUAUGAUUAUGAAACUGAAUCAUGGUCUUAUUAUAUCAGCGGAAAGAUCCACCAAUCAUUGAUUGAGUUGCAACAAUUAAAGUAUCUCAACCUCAGUUACAAUUCUUUUUCACAUAUCCCAGAGUUUCUUGGUUCUCUCAGGAACUUGAGAUACCUUGAUCUCUCAUGCUGUUAUUUUGACGGAAAAAUUCCAAGUCAGUUUGGGUCUCUUUCUCAUUUGAAAUACCUUAAUCUCGCUUCGAAUAAUCUUGAGGGUUCUAUCCCUACUCAACUCGGAAAUCUCUCCAAGUUGGAGUAUCUUGAUCUCAGAGGCAAUUCUUUUCAAGGAAAUUUACCAACCGAACUUCAAAGUCUCUCUAAGCUGGAGUAUCUUGAUCUCGCUUUCAAUUCAUUUGAAGGAAAUAUACCAUCCCAACUCGGAAACCUUUCUAAGUUGGAACAUCUUGACCUCAGCUUCAAUAUUUUUGAAGGAUAUAUACCAUCUCAACUGGGAAGUCUUUCUAACUUACAACAACUUUAUCUUGGUGGGGAAGAUUAUAAUGGAGAUCUCGAAUUCAACGAUAGGGGUAAGUUGCUGUCUAAUUUCAUUUCUUUAAGCCAUCUUUACUUGUGGUCCAUACAUGGUCUUAAUAGUUGUCAUAGUUGCCUGCAAAACAUUGCCAAGCUACCAAAACUAAGAGAGCUAAGCUUAAUUGAUUGUAGCCUUUCUGAUCAUUUUAUCCUUUCAUUGAGGCCUUUCAAAUUCAACUUUUCUACUUCUCUUUUGGCCUUUGAUCUUUCUGAGAACGCCUUCACGUCACCUGUGAUACUUCAAUGGGUGUCAAAUAUAACUUCCAACCUUGUUGAGUUGGACCUUUCUUAUAACAACUUGGAGGAUUCUGUAUCCAAACAUUUUGGCAUGGCAAUGAAUUCUCUUGAGAUCCUUGACCUUUCUUCUAAUAGUUUCAAGGGUGAGGUUUUGAAAUCCUUCAUGAAUAUAUGCACCUUACAUUCUUUAUACAUGCAUCAAAACAAUUUAACCGAAGACCUUUCAUCAAUUCUUCAGAGUUUAUCUAGUGGUUGCAUUAGAUACUCACUACAAGAUUUGAAUUUGGGAGAAAAUUAUAUUAAUGGAUCUUUACCAGACAUUUCAGCAUUUUCAGUUUUGAAGUCAUUGGAUCUUUCAAAUAAUCAAUUAUCUGGAAAAAUAGCAGAAGCUUUGAUGUCAUUGGAUCUUUCAAACAAUCACCUGAAUGGAAAGAUAAGAGAAGAUAGUAAUUUACCCUUUCACUUGGAAACUUUAUCAAUCUCAUCAAACUUUCUAGAAGGUGGAAUUCCCAAAUCAUUUGGAAAUGCAUGCGCUUUGCACUCAUUAAGAAUGGAGGAUAACAAAUUGAGUGUAGAGUUUUCAAUAAUAAUUCAUCAUUUAUCUGGAUGUGCUAGAUAUUCAUUAGAAGUAUUAUAUCUACACAUGAAUGAAAUCAAUGGCACACUAAUUGACCUCUCAAUGUUCACAUCUUUAAGAGUGUUAUCUAUUGGUGAAAACAAGCUAAGUGGAAAGAUUUUAAAAAAUAUUCAAUUUCCACCUCAACUAGAAGAAUUAGACAUACAGUCAAAUUCCUUAAAUGGUGUGUUCACUGACUACCAUUUUGUUAAUGUAACCAAGUUAUCUUACUUGGACUUAUCUAAUAACCCAUUAACCUUAACAUUUACCCAAAAUUGGAUCCCACCUUUUCAAUUGAGUUCCAUAAGGUUGAAAUCUUGCUUGUUAGGUACAUUUCCCAAAUGGUUGCGAAAGCAAAAUAAAUAUGACGAACUUGACAUUUCAAAUUCUAAAAUAUUGGAUAUGGUUCCAAGGUGGUUUUGGGCUAAAUUAGCUUCUGGAAAUGUGGGUUCAAUAGAUAUUUCAAACAAUAGUCUACAUGGUAUAAUUCCAAAUAUUUUUGGAAAGAACAUUGUUGAUUUCCUAAUUCUUGCAUCAAAUCAAUUUGAAGGUCCUAUUCCACCAUUUCUACGAGGUUCCAUAUUUCUUGAUUUAUCUAAUAAUAAUUUAUUAGAUUCGCAUUCAUUUUUAUGUGCUAGUGGUCCUGAAAAAAUACUAUAUCAGUUAGACCUUGCACAUAAUCAUCUUUCUGGACAAAUUCCAGAUUGUUGGAGCCAUUUUAAGUCGUUAGCUUAUUUAGAUUUGAGCCACAACAAAUUUUCAGGAAACAUUCCUACUUCAUUAGGAUUGCUUCUUGGUCUUCAAGCAUUAUUAUUAAGAAACAAUAACUUAACACAUGAGAUCCCUUUCUCCUUAAGACGUUGUACAAAGUUAGUGAUGCUUGAUAUGUCAAACAACAAUUUAUCAGGGCAAAUCCCUGCUUGGAUCGGGAGCGAAAUGCAAGAGUUGCAAAUCUUAAGUUUGGGAAGUAAUAAUUUCAAUGGA